AUGUUAGACAGAGGUUUAAUCCAACCUAGUAACAGUCCUUGGUCCUCGCCAAUCGUGCUAGCUCCGAAGAAAGACGGUGAUUACCGGUUUUGCGUUGACUUUCGACGUGUUAAUUCCGUAACAAAGAAGGACGCUCAGCCAAUGCCCCGUAUCGACGACAUUCUAGACGAGUUGGGGGGUGCACAUUACUUCAGUACCCUAGAUCUCGCUUCCGGGUAUUGGCAGGUACCGUUAAGAGAGGAAGAUAGGGAGAAGACUGCAUUUUCGGUGGGAGUAGACCACUACGAAUUCACGGUGAUGCCUUUCGGUUUAACCAACGUUUCCGCCACGUUUCAGCGCAUGAUGGGGAACGUCUUGAAGGGGAUAAAGGGGUGCCUUGUUUUCAUCGACGACAUAAUCAUCUUUUGCGAGACGUGGGAGGAACACCAGCUAAUUUUGAAAGAAGUAUUUAGUCGUAUUCGCGCUGCUGGGUUGAAGGUAAAGCGGAAAAUGUGCCAGUUUGCGCAAGAGUCAGUUAAGUUUCUUGGGCAUAUCGUAUCGGCGCGAGGGACCGAGCCUGACCCAUCGAAGGUUGAGGCGGUGCGAGGCUUUGCAACCCCAUCUUCCCUUACCGAGGUUCGUGCAUUCAUCGGUAUGGCAUCCUACUAUCGAAGAUUUAUAAAGAAUUUCGCGGACAUCGCUACGCCCCUGCAUGACAUGACUAAAGGUAGUCAGCCAGAGUUCAACUGGACGCCGUUAGCGGACAAGUCGUUCAAUGAGCUGAAGAACCGCCUGUGUACAGCACCAAUCCUAUCGUUGCCGGACUUUUCAGUUCCUUUCAUUAUAUAUACAGAUGCCAGCGAUUACGGACCCGGUGCCGUCUUGUCGCAACGAAUAGGUGAACAUGAAUGUGUGAUCGCGUACGCCAGUCGAACACUGACGCCAGCAGAAAGAAACUACUCGACGACAGAGAAAGAGUGUUUGGCCAUCGUAUGGACAGUGAACUAUUGGCGGCCAUAUUUGCUCGGUAGAGCGUUCGACAUUGUAACGGACCAUCAGAGUUUGACAUGGUUGCAGGGGCUAAAGGAACCUAAAGGCCGUCUUGCUCGGUGGAUACUCGCUUUGCAGGAGUACGA